AUGCACUUCUCCUUUGGACUCAUUGCAUUGGUCGCAGGUCUUCUUGGUACAGUUGUCAAUUCUAUCGAAGCUGCCAAGAACGUCAAGAUUUGUGCCAAAUGCAGUUACAAGACCAUCAACUCUGCACUUGCUUCCCUUCCCAAUGAUGCUACAACAUAUAACCUUCUCCUCUACCCUGGCAUCUACCACGAACAGGUCAAGAUCCGCCGUAACAAUGUCAAUCUGAAGCCCAUGCAGCCCGGUUUCGUUCAAAUUGAGUACAAUGGCUUUAAGGAUACUCAGCGUACCAAUGGAACCAACGAAGACUCUGCCACGCUGUCCGUGUUUGGUACUAAUGUGAAAGUUUACGACAUGACUAUUGCCAAUUUGUUCCCACAGAAUGGAGGCAUGGCAAACUUGGCUCUUAACCUUGCUGCUACUCAGGCUUCCUUUUAUAACGUCAAGUUUUACGGUUAUCAGGAUACCCUCUUGGUCAACCGUGGUGCCACUGGUUUCUUCAAGAAGUGCUACGUUGAAGGCUCGGUCGAUUACAUCUGGGGAGAGGGCACUGCUGUCUUUGAGCACUCUACUAUUGCCACCAACCGUAAGGGAGGAUAUGCUACUGCCCACAGAAGAGGAACUGCCGACUCUGCCGGUGGUUUUUUCUUUAACAGCUGCUACAUCAAGGCUACUCUACCUUCAGGACCUCUCGUUGCUACUCAGGACCGUACCGUUGCUUUCACUUCUUCUUCUCAAUUCCCUAACAGCUGGUUCCUCGGUCGUCCUUGGAAUGAGUUUGCUCGCGUUGUUUACAGAUACUGCAACAUCGACGACUCUGUCAAGGUUGAAGGAUGGAGCAAAUGGGACAGUGCUGUCAAGGAUUACAAGAACGUUAACUUUGGUGAAUACAAGAAUUCUGGUGCCGGGCAGUGGAACUCUAAACGUGUCACCUUUUCUCACCAGAUCACUGAUGCUGAGAAUGCCAAAUAUUCCACCGCCGCCCUUUUCGGCAGCGCUCCUUGGAUUGACACCACCUACCAGUAA